AUGGAAUCCAUGCCGCCUGAUGCUUUCGACUCUCAUCCGACAAGUCCAUAUGCGGGACAAUUACACAGUGCAGGGAACCCCGACAUAGAGAGCAUAAAUGGAGUAGCGGCUACUACGGUGCCGUCCGUGAAGGUUGAUGACCCACCUAAGUUUGAAUUGGAAUCGUACAUUGCAAACUAUACUGGCCGAACCAAGUUCAACCGUCUAUUUCUAAUAGGCACGUGCUCCACAUAUCUCUCCGUCGAGGCACUGAAGGCUGCGAUUGUCGAAGCCAAAUCAAGCAAAGAUGUUUCCCGAUACGAACGCGCAGUCCGUGCACUCGCCGAUUCUGCACCGUAUGAGGCUGAAGCUACACCAGACAAUGAGUGGAUAGAUCGUACACGGAAGGUCGUCAAGGCGGAGACCGAUCGACUAGAGCAUGAACUGAGAGGGUAUAAAAACAACCUUAUUAAAGAGAGUAUAAGAAUGGGCAAUGAAGACCUUGGGCAGCACUAUCAUCAAAUUGGUGACUUAGUGUCGGCGUCGAAGGCUUACUCUCGCAUGAGAGAUUACUGCACGACCCCGAGCCAUAUCGCCUCAAUGUUGUUUAAAAUCAUAAAUGUAGCCAUCGAGCGUGGGGACUGGCUGAGUGUCCAGUCUCAUGUGCAGCGAUUACGCAAUCUACAAUCGAAACAAGAAGAACAGGCUAAGAACCAGCCGAAGAUGUCGGCCGCGAUGGGCUUGUCCCAGUUGCACUCUGGCGCGUAUCUAGAAGCUGCCAAUAGCUUUUUGAGCACAGACCCCACUUUAGGUGACUCAUACAACGAAGUGCUCACGUCCAACGAUGUUGCCGUUUAUGGUGGACUUUGCGCGCUUGCAUCCAUGGAUCGCAAUGAACUUCAGCGGCGCGUGCUAGACAACAGUUCGUUCCGCAACUUCCUUGAGCUGGAACCCCAUAUCCGCCGGGCGAUCUCUUUCUUCUGCAAUUCGAAGUUCCGGCUGUGUCUUGAUAUUUUAGAGUCUUACCAAACCGAUUACCUGUUAGACGUCCAUUUGCAGCGUCACGUCAGCACUCUCUACACUCGCAUCCGAACUAAGUCUAUUCAGCAGUAUCUGGUUCCUUUCAGCCGUGUCACGCUUGACUCUAUGUCCAAGAUCUUCGCUCCCGCAGCUACCAGCGGACAGGCUCAGCCUAUCCACUCAAAGUCCCCGUUUGUUCAAGAAUUGAUCGGUCUCAUUCAAGAUGGAACCCUGGACUCUCGGAUUGACCUGGAAAAGAUGGUCCUGGUGUCCAAUCAGACCGAUAAACGGACAGAAGUGCAGGAAGCCGUGUUGGAGAGUUUAUCGAGCUACAUUGAUGAGGCACAUAUAAGAUUACUGCGGACUAAUAUUAUCCGCGCAGGACUGGAAGUCCGCCCAUUAGGCGAUGAGCGCAAGCAGGGGCAUGCUGGACCCGGGCCGAAGCAUUCACGACCGCCGACGGGGGUGUUCCAAUAA